AUGGCUGAAGAGGUUUCUGGCAAUCAACCCGUGCUUCGGGUGAAGAAGACUGCCUCCUUCCGGCUGCCUGAGGAUGCAGAGCUCCCUGAAGAAGAGGAACUUGAGAGCAAAGCCAGCAAACCAGCGAUGCAGGGCGAGGGAGUGGCCAGGGUAGGCCACAACCUGCCAGCCGAGCCUGCAGGGCGUGCUGAGGAAGUUGCGCCUGCGCCUACAGCGGAAGAAGAGGAUGCGCCAGCUUUCUCUUGGUCACGAACCGCAGGCGAGUCAGGCGCAGAUGAGAAGCAAGCGGCUGCACGCGAAUUUGUCGCGUUCGCUGCCUUCCGCUGGGGUCUGCUCCACGAGCUGUUCAUGGACGAGUACAAGAAUGGGGCGGCACUCGGCGGAGAGCUGCUCAAGGUCAAUAGGCUUGCCCUUCGCUGUCUUGCUUCCAAAGAUUGGGUACGACUGCUCGGCAACCUUGGCUUUGCUGGAGACGCUUUGGCCGUUUUCCGGCAUAUUGUGGAAACUUUCCCGAGCGAGGAGUCGGAACGACAGCUCAGGGCGGCAGGUGUUGACAGCCGCAGCGUCAUGACUUUGGCACAGCUCCGACGCUUCGAGGAGGAAAUGUCGGUCAAACGGCUAUCCCUCUCGGUACAAGAUGAGGGUUCUCCAUCGUGGCAGUUCGCACACUUCUUGAAGAGAAGCCGACAGAACUUGCUCCGGGCAUGGCGGUUGGAUCUGGAUGUGAAACAAACUGGGACGGUCUCGUUCCCUGACUUCGCGAAUGCUUGUCGCCGGCUUGGGCUACAGGGUCAAUGCCGUAUGAUCUGGACAUCGCUCCGCCCGCUUGAUGACAAAGCUCUCGAGUUUGCUGACCUUGCGCCCAAUGAAGCUGCUCACGUUGAGGCUUUUGCAGAGAUGAUUUGGGAGGCUUCUGGCUAUGACUUGGACAAAGCCUGGCGCUUGUUCGACUACGACCAGAAGAACAAGCUGACAAAGGCAGACUUCGUCCAGAGUGCACGUCACCUGGGCUUCCAAGGCAGUGCUGAUCUGCUGUUCAAAGGCUUGGACGCAACAGGACUAGGCUGGGUGUGGCGGGAUGAUUUCGACUACAUCCCAAAGGUGUCGCAGGUCGCGCGGCAGAGGCUGCAUGGCGCUGAAGGACCUUUGGCUGGCCUGGUCCGCUUUGCUCAGCGCGAGAUGGGGGGUGCUGAGGAGCUGAUUUCGAAGCUUGGCCUUGGUGGCGCACAGAGCGAGGUCACAGUCUGCGAUCUUGCGGCCCGCCUGACGGCCCUCGGAUACGACGGAGAUGCACAGCGCGUGGCUGUGCAUGCAGCGAAGUGCGACAGCGGAAGUGGCACCAAUGUGUCAUCAGAGAAGCUGUACAGAAUUCUAAGUGCCCAGAAGAAGGAGAAACCCUGCGCUUCCGACCGAGCAGAAGCGCCAGCAGCAAUUUCUCCGAAUGUCUACAUGCGAAAGCGUUCUACUGGCACAGGUGUGUCGGCAAAGUUGCUUGCGAAGAAGAAGCCGAUGACUCCGGUGUCGCAGCACCCUCCAUGGAACAGCAGCAUGCAGGAUCGGACAGGCGAUUCGAACAAGCUGCACCCAAACCUCAGAAAGUAUUUCUCUGAUUUCGAUCCAGAACACAUACGGAAGAAGCAGGCUGCAAGUCAGGCCAUGAAGGAGGCUGCAAAGACUUCCUCCAAGUUUUCGCCGCCAGCCAGGGCUUCCACGACUUCGAGAUCAUCUGCAGCACGGCAGGCCAAGCCGAACUGGAUCACAUCCUUGCCGGCAGAAAGCGAGAACACACCAAGGGCGUGCAGGAGAUAUUUCCAAAGCGGUGAGCACAAGCCCGUAAGGGACGAAGUGCAUGACCUGCUGCGGAUGCGUGCAAAUCACACUCCUGGCCUUCAAGACGCAGGACCCGGGCGCAGUGUCCAGUUCGCUUCUACAGCGGUGCGCCGAGCGCAGUCUGUUCCUGGCUGA